CUCUCUAGAUCUCUUUCCAGAUCUCUCUCUGCAUCUCGCUCCCGAGCAGGCUCUGCAUCCAGAUCGUCGUCACCUAAAAAACAAAUGAUGAGCUUAAGUCUGGACGAUACGAUAGUCUAUACCGAACUUGUAAUAGACACCGUGCCAGUGGCUGCGAAAGAGCUGUACGAAACUUUGGAAGACUUCGCCGAAAAUAAAAAUAUUUUACCACAUAGCUUCCAACAGGCGAUUUCUCAACAACAGGCAAAUACUCAACAACGGGCGACCACUCUACAACAAGCGACCGCCCUACAACAGGCAGACGCUCAAUUGCAAAAACUUCAAAAUAAAGUCGACGUGUAUGAAAAAUUGAAGUCCUGUUGUAGGCCAGAAAGUGCGCCUGAUGAUAAUUUGCCUGGCCGGAUUCCGUCUCUGAAUGAGAUAGAUGAAAUAGUCAGAAAGGCUAUUCAAGUUGGUACUCGUGGCGAUAAUGAGUCCCGUUGGAAUGGCGCUGUUAAUUUAAGACUGCUCGAUAUGAUAUUCGAAGAUCCUUUUACGGGACCGAUUGGCGAAUUUGGUGCUACAGACUGUACCUCGGCCCAACUACACAAAGAAUUCAGACCGGUAGCUACUACAGCCAGGAUGAUUGACGACUGCAUAUUCCGCUCGUUUGUGGAUGAUGAAGAAUGGACUUCAGCCAUAAAGAAAUUCGCCCACAUCAACCCUACCCAAUCAAUCAACCAUACCGACUUUGUAUCGAUUCAAUAUGACCCUCUUUUACUGAGCAUCGAGACUAAGAAGCCUGCUGCGGAAUUGGAGAAGGCGAAGCUACAGAUCGGCAUAUGGCAUGCUGCACAAUGGAACUUUUUAGAAUGGGCUGUUGGUGAGAAGCUUCUUCAACAACGGAUAGCCCAAGGUCUUGAUGAACCAACUACAGCUCAAGAUCAGGAAGACUUUAAGAAAGAGAAACUUGCAGCAUUAUCAGCCCUUGCCUUUAUCCCAG